AUGAAGGUCUCUACUUCUGCCUCUCUUGCUUACUUUUUGGCCUUCCAGCAAGCUACUGCUACUUUCUGGGGCACGGAUACCUUCUUCCCCAGUCCGGAGAACUGUGACAACAAAUGUACAGCCGACCAGGAAAGUGGCUUCGAUUGGGCUGAACUUGCUACCGGCUCCUUCUCCUCCUAUGGUGGCUUCAGCUUCUCCGGGUUCACCUGCAGUGACAAAUUCUCCGGCGGCUCAUUCGGGAGAUUCCGCCCUAGAGGGUCAUCCAGCGGAUUCCAGGACAAAUGCAUCCAAGGGAAAAUUUCGAAGGAUGCCACCAGCGGACCGAAGGUCAGCUGCGGUGCCGAUCAGAAAUUCUCCAUCAGCAAAAUGCAGGUAUCUGUUUCGAAGAAAACUGACGUGAACUUCCUCUAUGGAAUGCCGGACGGUUCGACUUGCAAACAAACUGCCUCUUGCUCCUCCGAAGGCACUGAAGUCACAAACAGCCAGUGUGGUGGUGCCACUAGCGUCAGCUUCCACAUCCCAGACAAUGGCGACUCUGACGAGUGCGACUUUGGUAUCCACAGCAUGGGUUUCGACUGCUCGCCUUCGAAGCAAACUUCCACACCGUCCUCCCACUCCUCGGCCCCUAAGACGACUACAGCUGCUGUUGGAACAACCUCCGCAAGCUCCGUGGUUGUUUCAUCUACUUUUGCCUCAUCUUCAUCUGCUGCUUCGGUCCCAGCAGUGCCAGCUUCGUCUGCGGAAAGCUCUUCUGCUAUUACUUCUCCUGCUGCAACCUCUUCAGCCCUGAAGCUUACAACCUCGACUGUGUUCACUACUAGCGAAAUUACUAUCACGAGCUGUGCUCCUACCAUAACUGAUUGCCCGGCUCGAUCUACUGUCGUUGUUACAUCUACUAUUCCUGUUUCCACGACUAUCUGCCCUGUGACUGAGACUGAAGUUGCUUCUUCAGUUGCUGUGUCUCCAUCAGCAGCCCCUAGUGGCAAUCUUGCCUCGCCUACUGCUUCUGGUGUUAGCCCCGUGGCUGAGACAACUUCUGCUGGAACCACUGCUGUUGGAAUAUCGCCAUCUGUUAGCUCCGCAGUCGCCUCUAGCAUUGCUGCCACAACACCGGCCGCGUCCUCUCCUGUCGAAGGUGUUACUACUACAGAAAUCACUGUAGUCACCAUCACUACUUGCCCUGUGACUUCCGUUAUCACCUCUGCUGGCGCUACCAGUACUUCCGUCUUCAGCACUGUCUCGACGGUGACUCUGACGACCACCUCGAUCGUUGGAGCAUCUACCACCUUUGUUCCUGCUGCUUCUCCCACUGGCAACUCUGCUGUUACUGCGUCCGCUGGUUCUGGGACCAGUGCCGUUGCUCCUGCGCAAACUUCGUCGUCCGCUGUGCCCAGCUCUGCUUGCCCGAAUGUUGUCCCCAAGUGUAUCAACACCUGGCUUGGCUCCCUACCCAAGUGCACCUCCAACAGCGACACUAGCUGCUUCUGCCCAUCUUCCAGCUUCACCAGCAAUGUUAUCCAGUGUAUCCAGUCAUGGGCCUCUUCGGACUCUGAGCUCCAGGCGGCUCUCUCCUACUUCACCGGAAUCUGCGCGCCUUACGUUCCCCAGAACCCUGGCAUCGUCACUGCUCUUCCGACCACGGUCACCUUGAUCCCUGCCCCCGGGGCUAGCGGUGUCAGCCCCGAAACUGCUGCAGUGACUGCAGCUCCCAAGACCACCAUCACUUACUCCUCCAUCACGGUCACCGUUCCCAUGGUCGGCUUCACCACUUCGACCGAAGGAGCGUCAACCGCUACUGUCGGCUUGAUUCCCGUCACUUCCCAAGUUGCAGUUACUUCCCAAGUUGCAGUCAUCCCUACGCCUACGGGCAAGUACCCGAUCAUGGGAAGUUCCUCUCGCGCUGCCUUCGGCACUGGCGCCGGUGCCUUUGCAUCCCCUACCUCGUCCGCCAUUCCUUUCACUGGUGCUGCCUCUUCUUUGGGCGCAAGCAAGUGUUUCUUCUGGCUUUCCACUGCUGCUGCAGUCCUUGCGGGCAUGUUACACUUCUAG